UGAGAAGAAUAUGGGAAAUCAAAGAGAGAAACAUUGGUUGGGGGGGAGACGGCAUUUUCAGUCAAGCUCUGUCUCUCCUUCAUGACUUCCACUCUGCAUGAUGACAAGUGUCUGCCGCUGUUCCCAUUGGUCGAGGCUGCCACCAAUCAGAGCAGAGGCAUGUAAGGUGCCUUUAGGUUAUACCCAACCCCAAAAACAAGAAGCAGAGAGAGGGAGAGAAAGCCAGAGUGGGAAAGGGAGUGUGUGUUUUACUGAGAGAGACCAAAGCGUGCGCCGACUUUACAGUCCAUUGAAGACCUUCCCUCUGAAGCUCCCUGUGAAAUGACACACUUAAGAAGAAAUUGCUUGUCAGCUGUCUGUUGGAGACCCCUGCAAUUCCUCCUGGCUGCUGUGGAGAAGAAGAUCUUGGCUUUGUAGCCUCCCCCUGUGAUUGGUUGUCACACUUUAGGCUCCCCCUCCUCUCUCUGACUCCCCUCUCCUCUCUCUCUCUCUCCUCUGCUUCUAACCCCCUCCAUACUGUCCUCAGGCUUACCUGAGCCACAACUGCAGAAACGCUGGACCCCCUCCUCCACACACACACAAACACACACACUCGUGCGCGCUCUCUCUCUCUCUCUCAUACACAAACUCAGCUUUUCACCUGGAGAGGGCAGGCGCAAGAGACGGCAUGUGCAGCAGCAGCAGCAGCAGCAGCAGCAGCAGUCUCUCCUCACAUCUAGCGCUGCCUCUCUGAGUUGCCUCUUGCUGGAGAGUGGAGAGGAACUCUGAGAAGAGAUUUUGGAGCCAUUGUCCCUUGGCGAAAGCAGGCGAGACGGGGGGCAGUGAGGGAGCACUUGUCAACCCAGGGACACCAAAGGCAACACACAUCAUGAUUUUGGGAGGUAUAAACCGGGCCGGGGCGGCGGUGCCAACGUUCUUACGGACCCCCACAAUGAUCCAGCCCCACCUGGACAUGAAGCCCUUCCUACAGUUCCCCAUGGAGACCCCCCCUCCUCCGCACAGCAUGAGCCUCUUCCACAACUUCAACACGAUGGAUCCGGUGCAGAAGGCCGUGAUCAACCACACCUUUGGAGUUCCACUGGUCAAGACAAAGCGACCAGUCAUCUCCUGUAACGUCUGCCAGAUCCGCUUCAACUCAGAGAGCCAGGCAGAAGCCCAUUACAAAGGAAACCGCCAUGCCAGGAGAGUCAAAGGCAUCGAGACCUCUAAGAGUCGUCCUCAGGAGGGGGACAAGCCUCAUACUGUGCCCCCCACCUCCUCCCCGUCUCCGCCCGGCGCCCCUGGCACUGCCCCAGACAGCGAGCCCAGCAAAGCGGAUGAAACACGGCCUCUGACCCAGUUAAAUGGGCCGCUGCUGGCCCCGGGGCCCCUUCUCCCUCCUACCACCCCACCUACCCCACCCAUGGACUCCCCCGUGCCCUCAGUGUGCCCCCUCCUGCCUACCCCCACUCCUCCCCUGAUCCCCCCAUCCUCAUCCUCCCCAGGCUGCGGCACUGGCAGCGCCAGCUCAGAGCAGCCCGGAUCUGGACCCCCGGUUUCAGGAGCCGCCGGCGCCACGGCUUCAAGCAGCCCGUCCAAUCCAGAGACGGAGGAGGACAAGGCUAAGAAGCUGCUGUACUGCUCCCUGUGCAAGGUGGCUGUCAAUUCCUUGUCACAGCUGGAGGCCCACAACAAAGGUACCAAACACAAAACUAUCCUGGAGGCACGAAGCGGGCUGGGCCCCAUCAAGGCGUAUCCUCGCCUAGGCCCCAAGCCCAUUGGAGAACAGGGAGGGGGGCCGGUGGACCCCAACACUCAGGAACGAACCUUCCACUGUGAGAUCUGCAAUGUGCGGGUCAACUCUGAACUGCAACUCAAACAGCACAUAUCAAGUCGAAGGCACCGGGACGGCAUGGCGGGCAAGCCUAACCCCCUCCUCAGCCGACACAAGAAGCACAGGGGAGCUGAUCUGACGUCUUCUUUGACCUUCUCCAAGGAUCUCACCAAAGCUUUGGGCGCAGGGCUGUUGCCCAGCCCCUUGGCUGUUGCUGCAGCAAUGGCCGCUGCAGCUUCCUCGAACCCACUGGCUCUCCGCGCAGCAGCUCCUGCGCCCCACCCGCACCAUCACCUAUUGCAAGGCCCGCCUCUCAGCCACGCCAUCCUGAGACCCGCGCCCGGGCCCAUCCGCACCACCCACGGGCCAAUCCUCUUCUCCCCUUACUGACACAUCACCCUCUGACUUCGGCCAGUCAGGAACAGCCACUCCAAAAGCACACUGUGAAGAUAUAAACAUGAUCAACAAACAGCAAUUGAUAGGGAGGAAAAAAAUCCAACCAUUUAAAUAUUGAACUGAGAGAAACACAAGGCAAAGGAGCAGCAGAAAGGAGUAGAAGUAUAUGUCUUUCUUCCCUUUACCUGAAACUCUCCUUACAUUUCAAAGACUUCUGAGUGCUCCGCAGGUGGAAUGAGCAGAGGAGAGAUUUUCAUUAUGCAUUGAACUCCCUUGUACAUCUCUCACCACCCCUGGCCCUUGUCCCUUGCACUGUGGCCCUGUCAUGGCCGCCUCGAUAGCCACAGAAGAAACACAUGCACAUCUUUCUAGAAACAUUAAACCACAUGUAGUGUUACAUAAUUAUUCUGGGCCACGUUGGUUUCCUCCUGUCAUCGUGGCUCAACGUGUUCUUCUCAUCCUAUGCACCUCGAAAACCAAGACAAUAAUGUUAUGUCAGUAGGGUAGCUGCUUCAAUCGGUCUUUGCUGUAUGCGCCACAUGUAGCUGUGGCGGCCUCCACGGUACUGUACGUGUCCCCUUCUGCGCCAGAGGCCAGCGACUCUUCAGUUUGUGACACUAGGUCCUCGCUAGAUACAACAUGACUUGGGCUGACAGGCAGGUGGUAGCCGCAUCUGAACAUGUCUGAUGGUUGGGGGGAGGUUAAGAGAGCAGAAAAGUGACUGUGGGGGAUUGCACUCCCCUGUCAUUUCCUGAGACAGUGAGGUGAGAGGAGGGCUGGCAUGGGUCAGUGGAUGGAUUGACCCCAGGCAGCAUGCAGACACACACAGGCCCAAACGAAUCUGUGUUUUAAAAUAGACUGCACUGACAAAAAACGCCACAGGGCACAUCUGCCAGCCUCCAUAUCAGUCAGAGAAGGGCCUCACUAAAGGAGAAAGGGUUGGGAAAAGCAGCAGAAGUCACACAUUGGUACAUACUGUACUGCUGUAUCUGAUACAUGCCCCCCUAUCUUCAUCUUAGAUUGUGUUUGAUGGCAAUAAUCUGUUCCUAUUUACUGUUAUGAGAAAUACUGCACUGGAGAGAGCAUAGUUCAUGUAUUUGGUGUGACUUCUGUUCACAUUAAGCCAUCACAAGGACAGAUAUCGACAUCCUGGUCUUUAUUCACAGGCUGAUUCACUGUGUAGGUGGGGAGGUAUGACUUAGGUGCGACCCUAUGUACUCAUGUAUUUGUUGUUUCUGCAUGCAGCCUCACAAUAAGAUCCUGCAGGGUCAGGCUUCUGCAUCAUUGGGUUGAACUCUUCCAUUGCUGCCCUAUCCUUCCUCCUCACCUCCCCCAUCUCCAAAGGUUCACACGAGUCUAUAGCAGAGGGCACGUCGACGCUGGCAACCAUAAUGCUCCGAGGGAACACAUUAAAGAGAGAAAGAUGAAAGCCAAAUACAUUCUUGGAGAAAAUGAUCUUGAGCUGGAGUGACAACCGAGCCGGGAGCCCAGCGAGGCCGCCCAGGGCAGGGGGCCGAGACAUCCAGCUCAAGGCCGAUAACUUCCCGUCUUACAACUGAAAGCCAUGAAACGCACCAUGAUUUGUUUUCUCUUACAAAGACUGGUGAGCACCUUGUUUUGUUUGGUUUGGACUGUUGGUUUGCAUUUAUAUCACACAUUAAAAAAGAGCAAAACACAAUAAAAAUAUUUUUGUAGGUAGGAAAAGUUAAUAACCACAUUCAUGAAGGGAUAAGAAGACUUUUGGAUGGUGGAUUAUAUAAGUGUUGACUCAGACAGACUGACAGACCAACUGACUCAGCGGGGAGCCACAAAAGCUAGCUAAGCAGCAGCAGCAGCAGCAGCAGCAGACCUAUCUUGCUCGACAGCUUGAAAACUAUCAUCCUUUUCUGAACGAGAUGUACACUGUGCCCUUUCAUUGAGAAGCAAUGAGCUCUAAUGUCUUACCUUUGUCUGAAUAUUGCAAUGCAAUGAGCAAUUUUUAUCAGAGUGACUUGUUAUCAUUGUGACAUGUUGUGACAUGUUGUCUGGAGUCAUGUGUAAACUGGGAGCACGCCAGCUGACAGACUUUUCUGUUCUUCCAUGAGGAGUACAAGCCCUUGAAGGGAUUGAGCGAGGGGCAGAGAGAGAGACAGAGGAGUAGCUGGGCUUAGGGACCGACCCUUCAUAUUAAAGGGCCUUUUUACUAUGGUAAUCUCUGCUUGGGGAACAGGGUACAACGCCAGGUAUCAAGGGAUUAAAGUUAGAAUUGUUCAACAGGCUUAUUUUUUUUUUAGUUGGACUUACUGAGUUGCAUUAUGUUUUUUUCUGUGUGUGAGAAAUGUGUUUAAGUGAAAAUCCUGAGGAACAUUAUCAAUGCCAUUACUUAAAGACGAAGCUGGCUCGGUGUCAGCUUCCACCGUUGUGCUCUUUUUUGUUGCUGAACGAAACCUUCUUUGCAGAGUUCAUUUUGUGAGUGAGAUACUAUUCCAGGACCCGUGCUCUCCUUCCAGUUGGUGUGUGUACCAUAUGUAUUCUAGUGUGUGUUGGGACCUGCUCUCUCCCCACUUCCCACCAAUCAGAGACAGAGGCAUCCUGGAGCUAUGAAGUGGCCUAACACAAUCAUGGAGAUAGAAACCUGCACAUGUUUGGUUUGGGAAGACUGAUCAAUCGUCCUGGAUUCUAGCAGAGGUUUGAUCAAUGACCCAACCUAAUUAAAGUAUUGCAAUAUUGUCCUUGGUAGGUCAGUCAAGUAGCACACCACAGAUAUGUUCAUACUGUGGUCAUCUCCACUAAUUCAUCCUCAUUAUUCACGUUUGGGAAAUAAAUGUUAGAUUCCUAUUUUCUGGGCAGGUGUUUCAUGUUAGCUGUGUUUAGGCUACUAGCCUUAGCCUUAUUCUGCCCUCAGCCUCUCCCGGAGCAGAGAGAGAGAGAUGGAGAGAUGGAGAGGCUAUGGUGUAAUUUUGUCUUGCCAAUAAAGUUAUUUUUGAAUUUCAUUGUCAGAGGGGACAAAGAGUUUGUAUGGCGAAUUGUAGCAAUACCUGACUCAUUCUGGCUACUCUUGUUUAUUGCAAUAAGAAAAUUAAACAAUAAAUGUGUAUGUGAGUAAAACAUUAUAAAUGUAAUUUAAAUGAAAAAGAAACUUUAUGGUAAAUACUAUUGGUAUCAAGAGAAACCAUGGUGGGAAAAAAAAGUAAAUGUCAAUAAAUCAUUAAAUGAAACAAACGUCGUCAGAGUUUUUAUGAAUCAUUGUAUGGUCCAACACCUUUUUAUCAAAUGUCAUAAAGAAAAACACAAAGAAAUGUGUCAGACAGUAUCUCUAACUGUUAUAGUACACACAUAUUUCACUUAUAUAUAUUGUGUUUCAUUAGAAAGUCCACCAUAAAACAGAUGAACAUAGAGUUAGUUUGAUUAUUUUGGAUGGUAAAACCUCAAAUAAACAAACAAACAAACAAACAAACAGCGAUUAUGUCAUCUGUCUGUUGACAGGAAAUUAGUGACUGACUUACAGAUGUUGUUUUUAGAGUGGCAUCAAAAAAACUGAAUGCUGUAAAUGCAGUCCUUCCAGCUGUGAAUUACAAAAUACCCAUGAACUCACCAUUACUCUCAUAAAUUAGUGAGUUUCUUUAUUAAUAACUGUCUAUGGGAAAGCUUUGGAUUUGUCCCACGAUGAUGUCAUCACCACAAU